AUGAAAAUAGUACCUCUGCCAGCCAUUGUUGCCCUUUUCAUCAUCUCUAUUCUGCUUGUGCUCCUAUUAAUCAUCUACUGUACCAUACUACAUAAAAAGAAAUGUAAAAAAAUUUGUUGCGAGAGUUGUCCAUGUCAUAAAAAAUCAAAACCGAGGUCACUAUUGCCUGGUACGGAUGCAGAAGAUGGCUCUGAUGAUAGUAUCGAUCAUAAUGAUGAGAAAUCCGAUCUAUUAUUGAGAGAUCGGCAAAAUAAUGCAUUAGAAUCUGUUCAAGUGCAAAAAAAUUAUGGUGAAGAUCGCAAUCAACGACGUUAUACUAAUAGUGCCAAUAUAGCAGCUGCUACUAGUAGACCAAUAACUCCAUCGAUAAGUAAUACUAGUCGGCAACAAUAUGAUCGAAAUUAUGCCAAUGGAAAUAAUACUCGAAUUGCAGCCGGUCAGCAAAAUGGUGCUCGAACUUCUGAAACAGAAUCAAGAUCAACUCCUUAUGCACGUACUGGAAAUACGAGUAAUUUACAAUAUGAUGAUCGAUCGCUUAAAUCUAUUCCUCUAACAUCGACUAAUGAUAGUGAUAAUUAUCCUAACGAUUCAGCUCCAUACCAUAACGACGGAAAUUCAUCAUCGGUGAUGCCUUACCAUACUAUACCUAAUCCUAGUAUUUCCUCACAAAUUAGUAGUACCAUACCCGAUGUCGAUGAACAAGAUCAAAACAACUCCGAUUACGAAGAAAGUCUUUCUCAAUUAAAUACUAGAAGUGGUCAAGUUCAAUUUAAAGUUACUUAUGAUACAACAAAAUCAACUGUUACCAUCAAUAUCGAAAGAUUAAGCGAUUUACCUGCCAACGUUAGUAAAGGCAUAGUAUCAGUCCAUGGAGCUUUCCUUGGCAGUAAAAAGAAACGCUUCAAGACUAAACGGCGUAAUAUGCGAUCAGCCAUCUUUAACGAGAAAUUUGAGUUAGCUAAAAUAAGUCUAGAAGACAUGAAAGAUGCAGUUUUACGCUUACGAAUUUAUCACACUACUGAUAAAAUUUCCUUUUCCUCGGAAAAAGUCAUCGGUGAAUCAUUCCUACCCAUGUCUAUCGUUGCAUCAUAUGAGAAUGCUGAAUCAAUCCACCAAACUACAGCUAUUCAGCCAGUAAAGACAGGAAUUAAUGGACAGCUUACGUCGGGAUUUCAACGUUACCUCUAUGCUAAUCUAGCCAUUAUCCGUAUUGCGGAUGGAGAUUAUUACCAUCCAUGUUGGUUAUCUCAUUGGCCGCUUAAUACAUUGCCAUCACACUUGGACUUACCUGAUUCAGCUAGUAUAUCAAGUAAUGGGUCUUACGAACUAUCCUCGAUGCUACCUCAUGGGAGAGUUCCGGAAUUAUUAGUUUCCCUGACUUACAAGCCUAAAAUUGCUCAAUUUUUAGUCAAAGUUAUAAAGGCGGAAAAUUUAUUCCAUCCUGGUAUGGCCAAUUUACCAGACUCAUAUGUCAAGGUAACACAUAAAGAUCAUCAUGGUAGAUUACUCGAUAAAAAUAAAACGGGAUUACAAAAAUGCAGGCGAGAUCCGGAGUAUAACUCUACUUUUGCUUAUGAUGCAAGCCAUAAACACUUUGUUGAAUCAACUUUCCAUUUUUCCAUGGUUCAAGUGAAAGGAGUUGGCAAAAGUAAAGACUUAUUAGGCGGUUUCUCCAUAGGGAAGCAAUGUAGUGGUGAGAACGAAAGAGAGCAUUGGAAUGAAACAAUUCGAUUACCCAAUCAGCCUAUGAUACCCAGUAAUCAACAGAUUAAUCCAUCUAAUGUACAGUUUACCCUUGCUAUAACCCAACAAAAUGUUAAAAUUUAUUAUGAUAAAUAUUAUUACGCCAGUGGAUUUCUAUUUAAUGAUUUUGAUUCAAUCUAUGGUUACCAUAAUUUAAUCAAAUCUAAAUGUAUCUUCAGCAUAAUUGUUGGAGGCUUGCUUUGUAAGGUGACUAGUAGAUGCGCUGAUGCUAAAAUUAUUAGCUAUGAUAUUAUUAAGAUCCGGAAUGUACAAUUUAAUAAUCGAUUGAAUUGA